GAAGAUCGGAAUUUCACUACUUGGUCGGCUUUGCCAAAUCGCAUUUUUCGAUUUCAUGAAGUGGGUGGAGGUGACAAUUCUGAGACUUUGUCGUCAUCAUGGAAGGUGCCACUCAAAUCCUGGCUAUGCUGUUGGUCUCCUGAUGGGUAAUAAGAACAAGCGGAUGGAGCCUUCAACUGAGAAGAAAACUGAUGAUGAAGAGGUCUUACGAAACAAGCCUGAUUUUCACCGCAAACCAUGGCCAACCAUAAGCAACAGUGCGAAAGAUUUUGUAAAGAAGUUACUGGUGAAGGAUCCUCGGGCAAGACUAACUACUGCCCAGGCCCUAUGUAUGUAUUGAAUUUGUCUCUUAGUAAAUAUCAAUUUUGAUUACUUCUGGCCUAUUGGAAUUGGCUAAUGCAAUUACAAAAAUUUUUAGGCAAUAGAGUUGUGACUCAAACUGAGAUUCUUUUAGUUUUCUUUUUAUUUUACA